GCGGAGCUGGGCAGUGCAGGGACUGACGUGCAUCUUUGCACGUUCUGUUUUUUUCUGUAAAUGCUUUAGCAAAGCGCAGACAGAAAGAAAGAAAAGCAGAGAGUGAGAGGGAGAGAGCUAGAAGCAGCAACUGGGGAAAAGGGGAGAGUGAAGCCAAAAAAAAAGAGGGCUUUUAUUUUUAGAUUACAGCAUCAGUCUCUGAUUUAUCCAUUCCAGCGGAGAUACGCUGCAUUAGAAAAUAGGAGGCAAAAUUUUUUUUUGCAAAGAAAAAAAGACUUAAGAUGUCAGUUUCCAAUUUAGCAGAAGGAAGUUUGCAUGGUUCAUGGGUGGAGCUGGACUACAGUCAACACAGUGGCCCGCGGGUCCUGGAGCACGUGCCCUCCUCGAGCUCUAUCCACAACGGAGACAUGGAGAAAAUCCUCCUGGACGCACAGCAUGAAUCAGAAAAGAACAGUUCACGAGGCAGCUCCCACUGCGACAGCCCUCCUUUACUGAUGAGCCCCCAGAUGCCUCACGUUCCUGUUGAGUUUGAAACUGGAAGCAUUGCAGAUAGCAACAGUACUCAGUCUGAUGAAGAAAACCAGGAGAGGAGCGGAGAGAUUGAGAAACUACUAAGGAAUAAUGCAGAGUGGAUCUGGUACUGGUCCAGUCGACCAGAAAACGUACCCCCAAAGGAAUUUGUAUUCAAACACCCAAAAUAUUGUUCAAGUCUGAGUGUACGGAAGACAGGCGUGAUGAAGAAAGGAGGAAUCUUCAGCUCUGAGUUUGUAGUGUUCCUCAUUCCCUCUCUCCUGAUAACUCACCUGUUCAUGCUGGGAGUUGGAAUAUACAUUGGAAAAAGAUUGGCUGCAUCACCUGCAAGUACCUUGUAAAAAUUCUACAGGAAAAACUGCUCAAACCUGAUGAACUGCGGAGAUUGACACCGAUUUCGUCACUCGUCACUCAUGUAGAUGGACACCCGAAGCCCAAAGAAAGUUACAGAGACUUGAAGUGUUUUUACAGUUAUCUUACUUCCUGUUCCCGUCACGUCUCCCCGUUUAAACAUUUGCUAUGCCCUUCCCUUUGUAGUAUCCUGACCAUAAAUGAGUUGGCUUUGACAGCACGGGUGGUUAGCUUUACACUCCAGUGCCGAUCCCAUGCCCUUGCAACCUCUCCUUGUAGGCAAAACUCAUCAUUUCAGCACGUGCCAUGGACUUGGAACUUCCAGUGGCCUGUCCGCCACAGGCUCCUCAGCAUUUGUGUGUGCGCACAUGUGUGUGUGUGUGUGUGUGUGUCCCUUUCUCAUCCAGGUCUAAGGAAACAUGUUUCCCCAAACCCAGAGUAACAUUAUCCAAGGGCUGAAAAAAAAAUCAGUUGGCAUCUCCACUUUAAUACCAGUACGCCACGGCAAUGGCCUUAUUUGCCUUGUCUUGCCAGGACCCAGCUUCACUUUCACUACAGUUCAUCGUUCCAAAAUGUGGUGCUGUUAUGGUAAUGACUAGGAAACUGGUUAAUGAUUAUAUGUCCUUUCAAAAUUCAAGCAAAACCAAGGAAUGUAAUCAUAGAAUUCAGGCUGAGCUAGAUAAAAGUGACACUUGGAAAAA